CAGCGGCACACUUUCCAUUUGUUUCAUACGGGGCGUUUGCGUGUGGGGGUACUGGCGUAGGUCACUUCACCGAUUAAACAUAUGUCGCCUGAAAUUCAGCUCACCGGUGAAAAUGCAAACAUCAGCAAAUGUUUGAGCAGCUAUGGCAUUGGAGGACUGUUUGGUUGAACAAGUGAAUGUCCCAGUUGUUUGAAGCCUCAUCUGGCUCAAGACACUGGGAAACUCGAGACGGCACCUGCUUAAAACAUCUUAAAACCAUGGGCUGUGGGGCCAGCGCUGAAGCUCGCAUUCACCAAAAGACAGCCUCGAGAAGAACCCACAACGGCGCAUCGAAGGUGGGGAGAGUCCAAGUUUUGGUUGAUAUGAACUUUGAUGACAUCCGUCAGUGCCUGGCCGACGACUCCGACGACUCCGAGUCGACUUGGACGAGUCCUGCGUGGCCUCGGAAGUCGGAAUCGGCGCCUCCUGUGCUGAUGAAGAUGGCUCUUGAGAAGCUGUCCCCCAGGUCAUGGACCUAUGAUGAUCCGCACGUACCUGAAGGGAUGGAGAUAGCAGCUGCCCCAAAUCGCAUGAUGCACGAGGAGCAUGUGCAGAAAGUCAAUCUCUUCCUGCAAGAAUUGGAAGAGAACCCCGACAGUUUGUCUGAAGCAGUCGGGAUUCGGCGAAGGGUGGAUGAAUAUCGCCUACGAAUCAUGUCGGGCGAAGAUGUCCUGCCUUUCUCUACCAAGCCCGGUUCUGUCGGUCCAGGUGCGGCAUGAUCAUCGACAGAAUCCCUUCGUUCCUGGAGCGGGGCCACCGAGUCAAAAGGGAUGUUUAAACCCGCUCGGCAAAGGCUCGGCUCCGCCGUGGAUCGCUGGUGGUGUUCAGUUGGAUCGCAGUUUUUUAACCUUUGGGUAUGAUGAAACCCAGGGUGACGCGACCACUGCAUGACUUCAUUGGGGUAGCGAGCUAGCGGAUCUAAAGCUGCUAGCUUGAUCUAGCUUGACUAGAGAUACGUCACAUCGUCUUACAUCCAACCUUUGGGUCGAUAAACCCAAGAUUGGAGCCUUUUCCGCCCAGGUCAUCCAGAGAGCUUUUUGUUUGGUUUGGAUUCUUCCCUCGUGCGAUGCCCAACCCCAACAAACCUCAUGCGAUGCUUUCCACUUCAGGGACAAACCGACCAACCAUAAGGUACCAACACUCCGCCGCGCAGUUUCAUG